GAAGCUAGCUGGGGGAGCUGCAGAAGUCAACUAGCAACGCCAGCAAACUAAGCUCUGGCUGUUCGUCAUUGGCCGAGACCCCGUUGGUGCCGUUGAGCCAUCGAGCCAUCAUUCCACCAGGUGUCAAGGCGCCAUGCACAAUCGAUGCAGACGAGGAAACGGAUUAUGUGACUCGACCGCGAAGUUGAGGCUGCAUGGGUCUGUGCAACAUGCAGGCCUCAUGCCAGUGGGCAAAGGACGAACAUUCGGCCAGCAGUGGGCAGAAAUGACCUGUCACUUUUUCCCCCCUCCAACCUCCGGCCUUGACAUCCUCUCUCUGCUCCUGCCCCUUUGGCCACCAAAGGUGUCGCCUUCACGCUGCUACGGUGGAACCAGUCCGGUGGUGAACACCCUCACGCCCUCACCUACGAUCAUCUGGCUCGGGAACAGGAUGCCGGGGUGGUAAGGGUCUGCGGAACCGACUGACGCACACACACACACACACACACACACAACCAUACAGCCAACCAAGCGAAAAGGUGGAGGAGAGACAAAGAUCAAGAGAGAGAGAGGGAGGGAGGCAAGCAAGAGGAAGACAGGGAGCUUUCAGACGUCACUGGUGUUUCCAAACACCACGCCUUGGACCCAUCGCCGCCAAUGCCAUUCGCGUUCGUCGAAGUGAGUGCCAACCAAUCAUCUUCCCGAGUGUCGGCCAUUUCAAUCAUGACAUUUGCCAAAAAGAGUCGGUUUACCUGACGAAUAGCAGGACUUGAACUCUCCAGAUCCUGACCUGCACAGUCGUGUGCCUGUCGGACACUUCUGAUCGCUGCCGCUACUGCGAGUUCUCCCGAUCUGCCUAACGCCGCCGCCAAAGGGAAGUGUGUCGUCGCACAAUUUCUCAACAUUCAAGUGGUGACCUUUAUCAUACUCCCCAUGAUACCUCCUAGCUGGAUCUCAAAAAGCUCUGCAACGUCCAAUGGUAGGCGAUCGCUCGCCGCAGCCUCCCAGGGAGACAUGGGAGGCUCUCAAGCCCGAAAUCCGCAAGUGGUAUCUGAAGGAGAAUCAAACUUGCGAAUACAUCCAAAAGCAGCUUCGUCUUCGCAGCCUCUUUGUGAGCGAGAGGCAGAUCAAAAACAGGCUGAGUGAAUGGAAAUAUGAACGCAAAAAAACUCCCCACCAGCAUUACCUCGCUAUGUUGGUGGUGGCGGAAUCAUGGAAGGCUCGCGGCGGUGAGGCUGUUUUCGAGGUCCCUAAAAGGGAGGAACGAGUGACUUAUAACGCCCAGAAGGUCAAGAAAGAGUGCGAAAGGGUCAGGAAAAGACACCUAUCACAGCGAGAGUCCUUCAAGCUCCCAUCACUUUGCGAAGCCGAGUACACUUUGAGAAGUGCUGGCAUCUCCUGGAAAGACAAAGAUCUGAUAAUACACCACGAUCACGCCGGAAAAAUCCAGCUGUACGGACCACCUCUGCAAUGGCACGCAAAUCUGCACGGUCUACCACACCGGACAUGCCCUUCGCGAAAUAGAGACAUACUCGCGAGUGGCGGCGGUGGUCUUACAUUAAUUCUGAAUCGACAAGAUGAUAAGGACUCUCCACCCUCAGAGCUUGAACCUGUGCACAUCUGCGCCGUAUCUCCAGACGAACCGAAAUCCCGAACUCCAUCGCCUCCGAAGAUUUCUCCAAAGCCACACACACCACCCAGUGCCGGCAGUCCGGAAAGAGUCUUACCCCCGAAUGGGACCGUGGCGACGACUGACUGUCAGGUAUCGUCACUUGAGCCAAUUCCCUGUAACGAGCUUUCGUGGCCAGAGCCCGUGAGAAACAUGGCCGAUGGCAACAACACAUCUUUCCCAUUGGAUCCAUCUCAUAUGCUGCUGAGCCCACCCGCUGAGACAUUUCCAAUCGAAGACAAGGUCUAUUCCCCUCCAUAUUCGAGCUGCUCGGUAUCUUCGACAGCAACCUUGGUUGUGCUUGCCACACCCCCCGAGACCAUCUUCAACCCCAAUGCAUGCCGUUCAUGUCAACCACCACAUUCCCACCAAAGCUACGACUUCAGCGAAUCAAUCGGAACGCUCUGUAAGGGCAUCAAGUAUGAGCCACCCGUGUAUUCAGCCUACGUGCACCCUGUGUGUUCAUUUCAGGACACUAGCGAGGAAGACCGUAAACUAAGCGCCAGUCAAUGGGCCGCUCCAUAUUAUUUGCAGUGUUUUUCCGAGAAUUUGCAGGAAGACAUCCUCGAAUACCGUAAGUCUCAGUCCAUGGAUAUCCUGCAAUAUGCUUUGCAGCACAACAAUGAGUUCAUCCUUCCAUGUCUCAGCUGGACUAUGCUCGUGCUAGGACAGACUCAACGGAUGGAGCAACUGGCGGAUUUUCUUUCUGCCAGUUGUGAUAUUAUCAGCUCCCAGCCUGCCAUGCGAAAGAGCUACACAUACGAGGUACCCUUCCGGUACGCUCUUGCGUGGGCCAGUAAUGAUCUUGAAGAGAUGGACCUGCACGGCGAGUCACUAGGACGAUCACACACGCAAAUCGGACAAAUUUGGGGCAGAGAACACCCAAACUUCUUCGUCAGUGGCUACCUCUACGCAUGGCACUCAAUCUGGAAGGGCGAUUACCAUGCAGCAUUGAGACUAUUGAUCAACAGCCUCCCAGUAUGUGAGCGGACAAUGGGUCGUCACGAUCUCCUGACCAUUAACUGUUUGUCCAUCGCUGCUAGAGCUUAUGCACAUAUUGGUCGUACCGAAGCCGCAGUGCGAUGCUACCGUAGAGCAAUGAGUGCAACACAACUCCUGGAAGAAGACCAAACCCAUGUCGAAGCCCACGGACCUGUUCUCCAACUGUUUCGUUCAACCCUACUAUCUCGACAUGCAAUGCUCCUUUACCAUCUGCAAGACCCUCUCAACGCGGAGAAACAACUCCGCAAAGUUCUGGAUAUCCGCGUCCUGAUCCACGGUGUUCACAACCUCAUCAUUUGGUGGGCUGCCUGGCCACUCGCUUCCAUUUUGCAGGCGACAGGCCAGUUCGCACAUUCGGAGGCCCUCAUGGACGAGUUGUUACGGUGGCAUUACUGGGAACAGGAGGUCGAGUGGUGUAUUCGGAGGGGAGAGCCGCCGCCACCUCGGCCGCCGUUCCAGUGGCUCCGAUUCGGUCUGCACAGAACCAAAAAGGAAGAGGGGGCUCUUCCCUUCCGAGUCGCUGAGGCCCUUUACCCUUCCCAGAUCUGCAACGCCGGCUUGGAAAUGCCUCAGCCUAAUGGGAUGCACCUCGCCCAACAGCCCUUCGUGAGCGGAGGCAUGGACGUCUGUCUAACGGUGGCAACGACGGUCUCAGGAAUUCCACAAAGUGAACGUGACUGGGACUUCCUGGAACCUUGAAUCGCAGAAGAAACAAUUGUGAUUGCGCCAUGCCAUGGCUGGGUCUGGGUGCCCUUGCUCCAGUGGGUGGGACCCGUCUUCCGACAAGUCGAGUGCCGUGGUUGAGACCAUGAAUCACAAACAUCCCUGGAGGUGAGAGGUCUAUGUGAUGUUGAUGAUGUUCUCGAUUGAACCAAAGGAGCCCCGAGCCCCGGACUCUCGGGGCCGAGUUAUAGCGCAACUUGCAGAGGCGCUCACUUGGCACGAUCUUUUCUGGGCGAGCUAGAACGAAUCUUCCGUUCGAGCUACUCACUCAUAUAAAUGGAAGCCCGGCUUGGUUGGACAGGGCCUUUUAUUAGACACCGAGCCUGCAUAGUCUAUACCAGGCGAGGAACACGGGCACCUGGGAGCGUAGAAAAAAAAUGACCCGACGCGUUCUAAAACUUGCGUCGGGUGGCUCCCAUGAACGUCCCAAAAAAGAAUAAUAUGUAUUGGAAGCCUCAAAGAACGCCGUCUUCUAAAGUAUAGACUUCUAAAACAAAGAGAGAAUAUUUUUCAAUCC